UAAAAGUCUCAAAAACGGAUCAUCGCUUCACUCGUUAUGUUAUUUCGAUUUUCACGAAAACUUGUUAAACAACUCAACUGUUAGUUGUUUUUAGUCCGAAAAAAACGCUCACAAACUCUCUCUAAUAACAAGAUUUUUGUGAUUCUUAUUACUAAAUGACAGCUAAAAAGUGUAUUACAAGAGCGACAACACACCGAUGACAAGCAAACCCAUGGCCUCCCUGUCCGCCACCCUAUCGACGGCCACCACCGCCAACACGAACGGCAAGAAUCGCGGAACAGCUGUUGAUAACGAUAUGAACGCAAAUGGAAAUGUGAUAAUCAGUGGCGUAUCGACCGCUGAUGUCGACGGCACCGAUCGCACCAUCGGUGCAGACAUGACGGGCGCGGGUCAGGACUCGCCGGAGACGGCGGCGCUCAACGGCGCGCUGGCCGUCGGCGGUGAUAGUGAGCCCCCACUGAACGGCAAUAACAACGGCGCGAACACACCGUUCCUGCCGCUGGUGGCCGUCAACGACGCGAGAGAAUAUUCGUGUGGUUUGUGUUCAAUACGUCCGAAAUGGUUGCAGAAGUUUGCGAACAAACAGACAUUUUUGGCCAUAUUUUGCUUGACGAGUGUCUUGCAGGGCAUGUAUUACACAUACUUCGUGAGUGUGUUGACAACCAUCGAGAAACUGUACCAAAUCCAGAGUAAGACCACCGGAAUGAUUAUGUCGGCCACGGAGAUCGGCCAGAUAGGCGGCGCUCUGUUGCUCACGUACUACGGGGGUCACGGGCACCGACCCAAAUGGAUCGCCUGCGGAAUGUUGAUCUUCGCCUUCGCGUCCAUCCUGUGCUCGACUCCGCACUACCUGUUCGGCAGUGAUGUGGGCGCCGGCACUACGCUAACGCCGUUCACUAGCAGUGCAAUCGAUUCGCCGGAAUCGCUAAACAGUGCAAAACUGCGCGAAUAUAACACUAAACUGUGCUUCACGUCGACGCCGACGGCCCACACCUCCCACGAGUGGCUGUCGUCCGGCGUCUCGUCGCUGUUGGCGCCAAACGGCACCUCCUCUUCACCGGAAUCUCAAUUCUUUGGCGCAAAGAAUAUCCACUCAAUUGGUGUGAAUUCAUCGCAAAGUGUGUCCAAAUGUGAUCACAAAGAGACCAUUAAUAACAAGUCGAGGAUUACGAACACUGUAUUGAGUAUAUUCUUCGUGAGUCUACUGUUGAUAGGGAUCGGAGCGACGGCUGUCAACACUCUGGGCAUCCCUUACAUCGACGAUAACGUCGCCCCCAAGGAAUCUCCGCUUUAUUUCGGCACUUCAAGUCUGACACCAAACGAUCCGCAAUGGAUAGGCGCCUGGUGGUUAGGGGUGUUCAUAGUGGGCAUAUCGCUGGCACUCACCUCAUUCCCGAUGAUGGUGUUCCCCCGACGGCUACCUCAACCCGACCCCAGCUCUUACUGUCAUAUCCAGCAGCAGAACAGUCUGUUAGAGCAGCAGAAGCUACUGAUGGCCACAAACGGGAUGUUUAAACAACAGCACAACACUUCCGGACAAUCAAACCAUUCGACAAAUAUUACGAUCGAUAAGCAGUUGUCGGAAACCAUUGACACAGAAAUAGCGCUAAUCCUGAAGAACAGCAAAAAGAGCGGAAAGCCGUCUCUCAAAGACUUCCCAACAGCUAUGAAACGGCUGCUGAGGAACGACAUACUGCUGUGUCGGACGGCGUCCAGCGUUCUGCACAUUUUGCCGAUCGCCGGGUUGUAUACCUUUUUACCGAAAUAUCUCGAGAGUCAGUUCCAGUUGACGGCCACCAAAGCCAAUAUGAUAUCAGGAAUGGCCGGCAUUUUUGUGAUGGGAAUCGGUAUCUUCGCGAGCGGUUCCUUCAUGAGGAAGUAUAAGCCAAACGCCCGGUUCGUCGCCCGUUGGAUAGCACUGGCAGCUCUGUUGUACGCCAUAGGAAUGGUGAUCCUUAUGUUCCUCGGCUGCCCUCUCAACAACUUCGUCGGUCUCAAUGUCGACAGUGAGAACUACGAGAACACAUCCCUUUCCAGUUGUUCGGAACGGUGUUCGUGUCCUAACGGCGAGUACGCGCCCAUCUGUACGAGCACUGGCAUCACAUACCUGUCCCCAUGUCUGGCCGGAUGUACUUCAGUUAACUCAUCCAAUAAUGAAUUCAUAUAUUCCAAGUGUAAAUGUCUUGAGCCGCACGUGACGGCCAGGAACGGGUCGUGUCCUCUAGAGUGCAAUAACCUUAAGUGGUAUAUCAUUAUCUUCUCAUUCUUUGUCUUAAUUCACUCGACAUCAGAGGUGGGAUCCAUGUUACUCACGCUCAGAUGUGUCGAUCCUCAGGACAAGGCUAUGGCUUUGGGUCUCAUCUCAUUCGCCAUCGGCCUCUUCGGUAACGUUCCCUGUCCAAUCAUCUACGGCGCAGUGGUGGACAGUGCGUGUCUGUUCUGGGAGGGCGAUUGUGGCAAACGUGGCGCCUGUCGUAUCUACGAUCCGGUUAAGUUUCGGCACGUGUUUCACGGCGUGACGGCUAUCAUAAUGUUCGCCGCAUUCCUGGUCGACGCCGUCGUCUGGUAUAAGGCGCCGGAAAUCCAGUUCAACGACGACAUCAAACCAGUGGUCACUAGUAAUCAGUCGAAGAACGACAACAACGCCAACGAGGAGCCGAUCGGUGGCGACAACUCGGAGACAAUACUUUGAUUAUUCGUCAAACCAUUUGUUACUAUAAUAUAAGACUAUUAUAAUUAUAAUUGAAAUCGUUUUGUAUGAAAAUAUUUGGAUUAGUUUUCUCUCUAUUUUUUGUGCCAAACGUUUUACUGGUAUUUAAAUGACACGAAAAUACAAAAUCUAUAUUUGAAUGUAUUCUUAAGCGGAACACAAAUGUUUGCAUAACUUUUGUUUGUCUUAAAAAGCGAAACAAUUUAUGGAUUUAGAAGUGAUUUGAGAAAUGUUUAUUUUAAAAUCAAUUGUAUUUUACUUAUUAUACACUAAAUUAAUAUAUAUUCUAGACUUUGAACGACAACUGCCAUCACAUCGCGAAUCGGAGUUUAUUUUUAUAUAACUUUUUUUUAUAUUGUAUUUAAAUGGCUUUAAAACUGAAUGUUAAUUGUGUUCACAAACCUGCC